AUGGCCGAACAAAACUCACGAAGUAAGCGCAUUGCCCCUGAGACCUGUUCGGGCAUCAACGGACUUAUCGCAACAUGCAACAAAAACGAUCGCUUCAAGCUUUUGGAGGACGAUAGCGUCCUUCCAGUGAACUUGAGCAGCCCUAUUCACCCUCUAUUCAAUUGGUUCGAUACCGAAGGGCCGAUGCGUCAGAUGCUGCAACUCGCCUCGCAGUUCAUCGCCCAUGAUUCUCUCCUCGUCUUCUUUGUACCCCUCUUAUAUGGACGCGAACUGACCAGCACGAUUAACCCUAAUAACAAGACUCAUCUUUCAGAUCCCUUGGCUGAUAUAUCUGAACAGAAGCGCAACGAAUAUAUAUGCGGGCGAUCAGAGACCAACUCAUUCAACGUCAUGUUUCCCUGGUUUUCAGCGCAAGCAUGCAUGCAGGAUCGAAAUGGCUGA